AAACGUCAGUUCACAAUGUACUUUUUCCUCCCAGAUGCAAAAGACGGGUUGCAAUCUUUAAUAGGGAGAAUAGAUUCGACAAGUGAUUUUUUUUACCGUCACAUUCCACACCAAAAAGUAGAAGUCGGAAAGUUUUUAAUACCAAAAUUUAAGAUCACAUUCGACUUUGAAGCUUCCCAAACGUUGAAAGAAUUAGGGCUUGUAUUGCCUUUCGAAAAUUUGCCUUUCAAAGAUGGAGAUGGUUUUCCUGAAAUGGUAGACUCGUCUCUUGGUAAAAAACUUUAUGUUUCGAGCAUUCAUCAUAAAUCUUUCCUGGAGAUGAAUGAAUACGGUACAGAAGCUGCAGCGGUAUCUAGAAAAAAAAUGGAGCUUUUAAGUAGCCGCUAUAUGCCCAAGAAGGUGGAUUUUGUGGCAGAUCACCCGUUUUUGUUUGUGAUUAGAGAAGAUGUGACUGGAGUAUUGUUGUUUAUGGGACAGGUGAUUAACCCUAGUAUUGAUUGA